AUGAAUUUUAAUUCAAAUCUAAAACUUUUAAAUAAUAAGAAGGAGCUUUCAACCUUAGAUUUAUCCACAUUUUUGAAUAAAAGGCCCAUUAAUAAAUUUCCUAUUACGCUGGAACUUUUAGAUUAUUCAAAUUAUAAUCCUUUUAAUUUUAAAGGUUAUAUUACAAAUAUUAAUUCUAGAAAUUUGAGUAGAUACGAAACAACAGAUUAUCAGCCUAAAAGUGGCGAAUUAGUACCAAUUAAGACCUUUGAAUUAUCCUCAAGCACGGAUUAUGCGUCUUUAGUUUCCUGUGAAGAUCUAGAAUACCCAUCCAGAAUUUAUUAUUCAAAAGAUCGAAAAGUUAUUAAAGAUGAUUUAAUAUCUUUAUGUCAAGAUUUAAUUUCAGCAAAUGAUUUUAUAACAAAAAAUAUUUAUAAUAAAGAUGAGGACAAAGAGAAAACCGAUUUUGAAAUUAUUAAAAAGAGUUGGUUUAGGUUUGGAUCGUCAAGUAUAUGGUUAGAAUCUGAACAAUGUUACAUUACUGUAACACGUGUUAUGUAUUCUGCAACUGGCGCUAAAACAGGCCCUGAUGUUUCUUUGUUGAGAGCUGAAGCUUUUGAUAGAAAUUGGAAUGAAAUUAAAAAUAAGAGAAUUCCUAAAUUAGAUAUAACAAUGCCAAAAAAUAUUGAGCAUGAAUUGAGAAAUAUUGAUAUUGAAUAUGGAAUAUCGGAAAAUUCCUGUGAUAAAUUUAAAUCAAAUAUUGUUGACUAUGAAAACUGUAUCGUUGAAAAGACAAAAAUUUUUUUAGAAAACAAAAAGAGGAAAGAAUUUUUACUUAAUCAAUAUUUUGUAACAUACCCAACCGUUUAUAAAUUUCCAUUUAUUUCAGAUCGCCAAUUUUCUGGUGCUGAAGAUCCUCGAAUUAUAUUGAGAAAUAAUGGAAAAGUUGAGCCUGUAGUAGUAUUCAAUAUGGAAACUGGUACUAGUAGAAGGAUGCAUGUAUAUUUCCCACACCGUACUUUAAAUCCAGUUAUUGAAUUAUCCUUUCCAGAUGGAAUGAAGAAUACAGAAAAAAACUGGGCUCCAUUUUUUUCAAAUAAUGAUGAUGGUUCUGAUUUUUCAAGAGGUUAUAUUCAUUUUGUCUAUAAUUUUAGUCCAUUAGAAAUUUUAAAAUGCUCUUUGAACGAUGGACGUUGUAAAAAGGUAUUUACAAAGCAAACCUUAGGCUUAACGGGCAAGAAUGAAUUUGGUGGUGUUAGAGGUGUUACCCAGUUUGUAGCUCUGCCAUNNNAAAUUAUUCCUAAAAUUGCGGAUAAGCAAAUCUGGGUAGGUUUUUCAAAAUUGCAUAUUAAUGAUUGCGGAUGUGCUGAAAAUUUUUAUAGGCCUAUGCUUAAUAUUAUUGUGGAAGAGAAAGGUGUAUAUGACCAAGAAUUGAUUGUCCCUUCAAUGAAUUUUGAACCUGAAGUUUUAGAUUGGUCUACAAAGAGUUAUGCUUGCAAUUGUUACAAUGUGAUGUCACCAAACUCCAUUGUAUUUUGGGAUGCAGUAAACCAAGAUCCAAUUACUAAGAAAUUUGAAGAUUUGCUUGUUUUUACCUAUAGCGAAGCGGAUAAAGUUUCAAAGGUAAUUAAUAUAAGGGGUAUUCUAGAUUAUGUCUUAAAACUUUAUGAAGUGAAGGAUAUUGAAGAAACAUUCAUUCCCUCUAAAAAUAGUGAUGCAAUUUUGGGUAAAACUUUAUCAUGUGUUAAAGAUUAUGCAAUGAAAGUUUGCAAAGACUACGGUUUAGAACAUCCUAUGUAUGAACAGUAUGCUAAAGAGAAAAGGGAAAAAGAACAAAAAGAGAAAGAGAAGAAGGACCAACAGAAAAAGGAAAAAGAACAAAAAGAUGGUAAAUGA